AUGCAAAAAUUAAAAUCAAAAUGCAAGAAAGCAGCAAUUGAGCUAGCUAUAGCUGCUGCUAGAGAAUUAGUUGAUAAUUCUGUUAUACUUCCUCGCAUUAUUCCUAUACCAAAAACUGGUGGGGUACUACCUUUGAUUCCGAUUUUUGCUGGAUUAUCGGCUACGGGAACCUUAGCAGAUAUUUCCUCAAAUCCGGGAUCUCAUUGGCUAGCCUAUGUAAAAUUUAAUAUUUAUGUUGAAUAUUUCGACAGUUAUGGAAAUCUUAAACCUCCAAUGGAAUUGAUAGAAUAUUUAGGUCCUAAAGUCCACUAUAAUUAUGAUAACAUACAGCGUGAUCACCCUUUCAAUUGUGGAAAUCUUUGUUUGAUUUUUUUGGAGAAUUUUUGGCGCAAACAAGACAUAAAAUAA